AAAUACAACCAAACUACAGGGGUUUAAAUGCAAUUUACCCAUAAUACAAUUAGUGAUACUUCUUAUUUCACACGACUUUUUUUUCAGUGGACCAAUUCUUUCUCCACAAUUGUUAACUGUGUCCUAGUCAUUCUUCUUUAAUACUAAAAACAAAAGUUAAUAUAUUUGCCCAAAGUCCUUUUAAAUACCAGAUCAAAUAUUUCAUCUCCAUCAUAAUAGACAUAUGAAAAAUGGAACUCCACAGAGAAUCCAUCCUAAACCAGACCUAUGUUUCCUUCUCACUGGCAAAGCAACUCAUCUCCACCGAUUACAAGGACAAAAACGUAAUUUUCUCGCCUUUGUCGAUCCACAUCUUGUUGGGCAUGAUUGCAUCCGGGUCGAAAGGCCCAACCCGAGAUCAGAUGCUGGGCUUUUUUAAGUCCAAUUCCAUUCAAGAACUGAACUCGCUCUUGGCGCACCACGUGACCAAGGUGUUCGCCGAUGGUGAGCCGCUUGGUGGGCCCUGUUUGUCCUUGGUCAACGGCGUUUGGGUUGACCAGAGUCUCAGCUUUAAGCCCCAUUACAAAGAAAUUAUCCAGAAUGGUUACAGGGCUGCUGCUUAUCGUGUUGAUUUUCUGACUAAGGCUGCUGAGGUAAUAGAAGAAGUGAAUAAAUGGGUUGAGAACGAAACAAAUGGCCUCAUCGAAGAAAUAUUGCCACCUGAUUCAGUUGAUGCUAGCACUAGGCUUAUCCUUGCUAAUGCAGUGUAUUUUAAAGGAAUGUGGGAGGAACAAUUUGAUUCGUCGGUAACUAAAGACGAUGAUUUUUUCAUCUUAAACGGAAGCUCAAUUAAAGUACCUUUCAUGACAAGUUGGGAGAGGCAAUAUAUCCGUUAUUUUGAGGGUUUUAAGGUUUUAAGGCUGCCGUAUAAACAAGGUGAAGAUAAACGCAAAUUCUCAAUGUAUAUAUUUCUUCCAGAUGCAAAAGAUGGACUACCAUCCUUGAUAGAAAAAGCCGGCUCUGAAUCUGGAUUUAUCGAGAAACACCUCCCUCUCUGGGACGUCAAAGUUGGUAAUUUCCGAAUUCCAAAGUUUAAGAUAGAAUUCGAAUUUCGAGCGGGAGAAGUUCUGAGGGAGCUCGGAAUGGUGCUUCCUUUUUCUUGCGGUGAUUUUACUGAAAUGGUGUACUCAACUAUAACCACCCCGACGGAGAAAUUGUUCGUCUCAGAAAUUUUCCACAAGGCGUUCGUUGAAGUGAACGAGGAAGGCACGAAAGCUGCAGCAGUUUCGGUUGGUGUAUUUCAACUUCAAUGUUUGAGAAUUGAGACGAAAUUUGAUUUUGUGGCUGAUCAUCCUUUCAUGUUUGUUAUAAGAGAAGAUAUGAGUGGGAUGGUUCUCUUCGUUGGGCAGCUACUUGAACCCUCCACUACUUAA